AUGCCAUCCGGCCAGCAGGUGCGGCCCACGGCUGUGCCGCCCCCCCGCCGGAGCAGUUCCACAGCCACGGUCCCCCGGUCCCCCGGCCCCGCCAGCAGUCCUAGAUCUCCUAGCACACCGGGCUCAGAGAGGGUAGCCUCCCCGCUGGAGUGCUCCAUCUGCUUCUCAGGCUACGACAACAUCUUCAAGACACCCAAGGAGCUCUCCUGCACCCAUGUCUUCUGCCUGGAAUGCCUGGCCCGGCUGGCAGCUGCUCAGCCCACAGGCCGCCCAGGCAGUGAGGCUGUGCCCUGCCCGUUCUGCCGGCAGCCCACAGCCAUCCCGGACGCGGGGGCUCCCGCUCUGCCCACCAGCCGCCAGCUGCAGGCCAAGAUGCCCACACACCUGCGGCGGGAGGAGCCCGUGUGGCUGGAGGGCACCAGGUUGUGCUGCCGCCCCCUGCCUGCCACACCCAGCUCCCAGUCGCCCGGCUUCGUGUGUGUGGAUGUGGGCCUGAGCAAACCCUCCGAGGCCACCCUUCCCGUCCCUGUCCCCGCCCCCGCCCCCCGCCAGGGCCGCUGGGCCCGCUGCUGGGCCCGCUGCGGGGACUGGCGUCGCCUGGCCCUCGUCUCGGCACUGCUGCUAGUGAUCUUCUGCGUAGUGCUCUGGCCUGUGCAGUGUGCGCUCAAGACUGGGAACUUGCACUGCCUCCCCCGGCCCCCCACAGCCACCGCCACGGCUGCUGCCAUGGCUGAUGCCUUCUCCCUUGGGCCCCUGACCAGCGACUAG